AUGAGUACGUCGUCGAACAAUUCGAAUGAAUUACGAGAGCAAGGAAAUCAAGCAUUCAAACAGGGACAGUUUCAACAAGCUAUCGAUCGUUAUACCGAUGCGUUGGAUAUUCUUAACAAACUUCAAAUAAAUGAGGAGAUUAAGAACGACAUAACAAAAUGCUAUAGUAAUCGUUCACAAUGUUAUAUCAAUCUUGAACAAUACGACGAUGCGAUUGAAGAUGCGACACGAGCCUUGGAAUAUACACCUGCUGAUCAGAAAUCGUUAUAUCGUCGUGCCAAUGCUUUUGAACGCUCAGGAAGAUUGAAAGAAGCUAUAUCUGAUGCUCAAAGAUUAAUAUCUAUAACGGCGAAAGGUGCCGGUACUGAUGAACAAACAUAUGCGCUUCUACGAAAAUUACGCGAAAGUGCACAAAGCAAGGUAUCAGAGCAGACACAAGUAAACAAUCAAGUUCAACAAAUGUUUGAAACAAUUCUAUCAAAACCAGAUCAGCUAGAAACCGCAUUGAAUAAUCUUCUCGUGGUGUCACGUGAGGUAGCGGGCGCGGAAGCUGUUAUUGCUUAUGAUACAGAUCUACAACAUUUGACCAACCUUAUCCAACGAGAUGAUCGAAUCAGUGUACUUGGCACUCUCAGAAUAUUGAGUGCAUUAGCUAAAAAUUCCUACAAACGGGCUGAAAACAUCUAUAACAAAGUUGGUUUGAAACUAAUUGCACGUUGUUUAGCUAUGGAUGAUGCAGAAAUUCCCACAAACGCUGCUAUAUUAAUCCAUAACAUGCUCAUGUCAAUAUGUGAUUUAGAAAAUCGACGUAAAGUUCGUAAACCUAUGAAUGUGCCAUACAAUUUCGACCAGCCUGUUAUUGAAAUUAUCAAUGAAAUCUUUCGUAUGCUUUUGGAUUUAAUCGAUAAUAAAGCAUGUUCGGGCGUUGGACGUGAUUGCUGCCUGGAUCUUAUUGUGAAAUUUGUCGAUCGAGCCAAUGGAUGUAACUGGACAAGCAAAUUCAUCAUAUCAGGUUUACCGAAAGUAUUACGAGUUGCAGCGACUGUACCUGAAUUGCCCGAAACAGAAAAGAAACACUAUCCAUUAACAGCACACACCAAAAUGCAUAUAUCGAUGGCGUUGAGUAUCGUUUAUCAUGACUUAGUCUCGGAUAAAGAACGAGAAGAUUUUAAUAAUGAGUGUAUGGAAUUCGUCAAAGCAUUACGUGAAAGAGAUGAUAUGCAGUCACGUGUACGAACAAUAUCUGUGCUAUCGACUCUUUUGCAAGGACCGUUCGAUACGGGUAAUGCUAUCUUAGGCAGUCAAAAUCUGGUCGAUCUGAUGAUAACAAUGGCUGGCUCAGGUGAUCCAUUACAAGAGCGUAUUGCAGUUGAAGCUAUUGUUUUAUCGGCAUCCAAAAAGGAUAAAGCUGCUGGUAUUUUAUCGUUAGGCUCAGAAAUUCUCAAGAAUUUAUACCAAUCAGCAAAUGAACAGAUCAAAGUGAUUGCACUUGUGGGUUUAUCAAAAAUUGCAUCUAGUAAGGGUACAGAUUCAGCUGCCAAUCUCGUUACCGAAGGUUCAUGUCAAACACUGGCUCUUGCCUGUUGCAAAUUUUUAACAACCAGUCCAAAUUUUGAUAUUCGUCGUUGGGCUGCUGAUGGUCUUGCUUAUUUAACAUUAGAUGCUGAUGUCAAAGAAGAUUUGGUGGAUAACACUGCUGCACUCAAAGCUCUCUUCAGUCUAUGUCAAUGUGAUGAUGCACAUGUCCUAUACUCAAUUACAACAAUCUUUGUGAAUUUAACUAAUACGUAUGAUACUCGAAAGAAAGAUAAACAAAUGGAAGAAUUAGCAACAUAUGCGAAACAGCAUAUACCGAAGGAACAUGAAAAAGAUGCAGUGGAGUUUUUUGAAGAACGUCGUCGAAAAUUAGUCGAUGCUGGUAUAAUUCCUGUUCUGGUGCAGCUGUGCAAGCAUAAGAGUGAGAAUUGUCGUGAACAAGUGGCAAGAGUCUUUCUUGGACUUUGUGAAAAUGAGAAAUAUCGAGGGCCGAUUGUUGCUGCUGGCGGAGCGAAGGCUCUACUGCCACUUGCACUGGAUGGUACACAAGUCGGUAAAACCAAAGCAGCACAAGCCUUAGCAAAAAUAGCCAUUACAACCAAUCCUGAAAACGCUUUUCCUGGUCAACGUACGUUGGAACUCGUUCGGCCUAUUCUUAAACUUCUCAAAUUGGAAAAUACUUCGUUAGAAACAUUCGAAGCACUGAUGGCCUUAACUAAUCUGGCGGGUAUCGGAGAAUCUGUACGAAAACGUAUUCUAAAAGAACAAGGAUUUCCUGAUAUUGAGCAGUAUAUGUACGAAGAUCAUCGAAUGCUUCGCCGAGCAGCAACGGAAUGCAUGUGUAAUUUAGUUUCACAGGAAGAAGUGGUUAAACUCUUUACUGCGGAAAAUGAUCGUAUAAAACUAAUGGUUUUAUUAUGCGGUGAAGAAGAUGAACCAUUGGUAAAAGCAGCGUUAGGAACUUUGGCGAUUCUCUCCUCGUUACAAGUUGAUCUUGAUGAUUUUAAAGAUGUUGAAUUGGCGGAAGAAGAUCGAAAGAAACUGAAUGAAUAUAUUGAAGAUAAUCGAAUCAUAUGUGAAAAGAUUCUCAAUGUUCAAUCAUUUACAGAACUCUUUAAACAUUUAUGUGCUUCGACUAAUUUUGAAGUACAAUUUCGAGCUUUGUACAUCCUUCGUAACUUAGUGAAAGCGAACAAAGAACUUGCCUCACGUAUUGUCGCAAGCGAGUUAAUGGACGUUCUGUUUGCCAUCAAAGAAACAAAAGAUGAACAUUUGACCAACGAUAAAAAUCGAAAAGUCGUUUCGGAUAUUCUUCAACUUUGCUUGAAGUAUGGCCUCAUUCAGCCAAAUGAGAAUCUCACAAUUCUGGAAGAAGAUGAAACGGAUGCUUAG